AUGGCUUUUAAGAUUGUUGUUCUGUUCGCUACCCUGGCUUGUGCCAGCGCCGGUUACGUCGAACCGGAACAUCAUCAUCUGUCGUACGAGGCGGCACCCGUCGCCCACUACUCGUCUGCUCCGGCCGUGAGCUACAGCUCGAUCACCCGUCAGGAUACGCCGAAGCUGGCCGUGGCCAAGCACGUCGCGUAUGCCGAACCGGCAGUGCACUACGCGGCCCCGCUCACCAAGACGUACGCCGUCCACGAGCCCGCCCUGAAGACGGUCGUCACCGCUCACCAGCCCGCCUACACCAAGCACGUGUACGCCCAGGAACCGGCCCAUGUGUAUGCCCAUGCCGCCCCGGUUGUUGCCGCCAAGACCGUGUCCUAUGCCGCCCCGCAGGUCCACUACCAGGCGCCGCUGCUGAAGAACGUCGAGUACACCAAGACGCUGGCGUACGCCCCAGUUGCCAAGACGCUCGUCCAUGAGCCAACGUACACCAAGCACGUCGUCGCGGAACCCGCCUAUACGAAGACGCUCCUUGCUCAGCCGGCCUACACCAAGACCGCGUACGUUUCGCAGCCAACGUACACGAAGACGCUGGUCGCUGAGCCCCAGCCGCUGUACCAUCACAGCUCCCCGGUUUACGCUCAUGCCGCGCCGGUUGUUGCUGCCAAGACGCUGAGCUACGAACCCGCUGCCCAUGUGUCGCACGUCAGCUACGCUGACAACAGUGCCCAUUACGCCUGGUGCUAUAAAAUUACAGUCCUUGCUGUGUGGGUAGCAUUAGCUAGCGGUGGCUACGUCGAACACUAUCAAGGUGCAACGAGUUUUAGCUCAUUUGACCUGAAGUCAUCCCCGAUCACGACUGCUGCCGCGUCCUACGGUGGUGGGCCAUCGUACACGGUAAAAGGUUCGACCGAUCACGCAGCGGUUCGGUACGAAACGAAGCCAGUAAUUAGCGCGGUUUACGCAGCACCGAUCACGAAAACGUUGACCUACGGCAGUGCUGCCAGCCAUCAGUAUGUCGCUCCCGUACAGGUGCGGGAGUGUGCGCAUAAGAUCGUCCAGCCGGUACAAACCUCGGUAACGUACGGUGUACCGGCUACCGAAAGCCUCUCUGGUUGGAGUCAUACGGGAUCUUCCGGAACGGGAUAUCAACAAUCUCACGCUACACUAGCCCAAAAAGCCCCAGUAGGAGCUUAUGGGACGAGUUCCACGGUUGGACAUCAUUACUCCACACCGGAGACGAGUAGCAUAAUUUACACACCACCUAAACUAACUGAAACAAUCACCACCGGUACCUAUGGUGGUUCUUUUGGAGGUUAUCAGGGACACAGCCAUCCGGCCCCUAUUGUAGAAACUCUGGUUGAUGUAGCACCACCAAAGUUGAUCCAGCCGCAACCAUCCCCAUCUUACGGGAUUCCUGGAGCAGUCUCCAAUUUCCAUCAGAUCGCUCAGAUUACACCUGUCACUAGUCUGCAUAGUAUCGCACCGAUCAAAACGACAUCCAGCUACGUAGCUACUGGAAGUCACGCCACAUCACACCAAUAUAAAGCAGCAACCAGUCCGGUGAAGUCUGCACCGGCGUACUAUAUUGCCCCAUCGGGACUUGCCCCAUCGGGAAGUGCUGCGUGGAGUGAAGCUUCCAAAAAUCAUGGCCAUAGUUUUACAACCACCCACAGCUACAGCAGCCAAGGUGAGAGCAACAACGCGCAGCAGUAUUUACCUCCAAAGACGACCGUAAUUGCUCCCGUUGCUGUAACAUCGUCGAAGGAUACGAGUCCUUCGCGUGAAUAUCUGCCACCACGCGAAUAUCUUCCACCGCCUCAGGACAUUAAAGGUACUGUUGCUCACGUUACUACCGGUAGUGUUGGAUCCGUUUCGUACGAGAUACCACAGAAGCUGGCUGUUAGCAAAGUGAUUCCACAGCAACAAACUUACAGCCAUUCCGCCAGCUCCUCUUCCACUGCCAAUCACGUGUCUCACGGAGCACAGUACGGGACGGCGGCGAUUCUAUCCCCACUGGCCGUCCACACCAUCCACAAAACGCCCGUUCUAGCUUACGCCCCAAAGCAUCACUCGCCGAAGGGUGUACACCUGAUUGCGACCCCGCAUAGCUUUCUCACGCUGACGGAUCUUGCGGAACACAUAAACGAGGGCAUAAUGGCAUUCAAGUUCGUCGUUUUCCUGGCUUCGCUGGCCGUCGCUAGCGCUGGAUACCUGGAGGCUGACCAUGCCGUCCAGUAUGCUGCUCCGGUGGCCCACUACUCGCCGGCUUCGGCCGUGAGCUACAGCACCAUCUCGCAGGCUGCUCCGGCCAAGCUGGCCUAUGCUGCCCCGGUUGCCAAGACCGUCUCGUACGCCGCCCCGCAGGUGUAUGCCGCUCCGCAGGUCUAUGCCGCUCCUCAGGUCUAUGCUGCCCCGGUUGCCAAGACUUACCUGUCCAGCCCGGCCGUAGGAGCCACGCACGAGAGCACCAUCCGCUCGCACGACAGCACCAUCUCGCACUACUCCAAGGCCGUCGAUACUCCGUACUCGAGCGUCCGCAAGUCUGACACCCGCAUCACCAACGAGCUGCCCAAGCUGGCCUAUGCCCAGCCCGUCCUGGCCAAGCAGGUUGCCUAUGCUGCCCCAGCUGUCCACGCCACCUAUGCCGCUCCGGCCGUCCACCAGACCUAUGCCCAUGCUGCCCCAGCUGUGACCUACGCUCAUGCCGCCCCGGCCGUCCACACCACCUAUGCUGCCCCGGCUGUCCAUCAGACCUAUGCCCAUGCUGCUCCGGCCGUCCACACCACGUACGCCGCCCCGGCCGUCCACCAGACCUAUGCCCAUGCUGCCCCAGCUGUGACCUACGCUCAUGCCGCUCCGGCCGUCCACGCCACCUAUGCCGCCCCGGCUGUCCACGCCACCUAUGCUGCCCCGGCUGUCCACCAGACCUAUGCCCAUGCUGCCCCAGCUGUCCACACCUCCACCAAGACGCUGACCUACUCGCCAGCGGUCCAGGUUGCGCACACCACCUACGAGGAUGCCCAUGCUCAUUAUGCCUGGUAA